AUGAGUGGCAAAAAGAUGCGCAACUUAUCAUACAAAAAGGCUGUGAGAAGACAAAAGAGUCUUGAACAGAGUAUUCAGUCUGCCCAGGAGACUGACAAAACCCUCCGCUUAAUCCAAGAGUCUCUUGCUGUUAUUGACAAACAGCUAACAGCCUACAUUGCAGACAGAGUUGAUGCCGCACAGGUCCCUCAGGAAGCCCAGAAAAUACAAUCUGAAUUAACAAGCCAUGAGAUUAGUUUGGAAGAAAUGAAGAAACGAAACCGGGGUAAAGAUGCUGCCAAAAGAGUGCUUUCCCAAAUUGAUGUGGCACAGAAAAAGCUGCAGGAUGUGUCCAUGAAGUUUCGCUUGUUUCAGAAGCCAGCCAACUUUGAACAGCGCCUACAAGAAUGUAAAAGAAUUUUAGAUGAAGUGAAAUUGCAGGUUCCCAAGUUGGAGAUGAAGAGUGUUGAGCAGGAAGUUGUACAAUCACAGUUGGAUCAUUGCAUGAAAUUAUAUAAAAGCCUGAGUGAGGUGAAGUCUGAAGUGGAAACAGUGAUAAAAACUGGGAGGCAGAUUGUUCAAAAGCAGCAGACAGAGAACCCAAAAGAACUGGAUGAAAGGCUUACGGCUUUGAAGUUGCAAUAUAAUGAACUGGGUGCAAAGGUGACAGAAAAAAAGCAAGAGCUAGAGAAAUGCUUGAAAUUGUCCCGGAAGCUACGAAAAGAAAUUAAUGCUAUGACAGAAUGGCUUGCAGUGACAGAUGCAGAAUUGACAAAGAGAUCAGCUGUGCAGGGGAUGCCUAGCAAUUUGGAUGCUGAAAUUGCCUGGGGCAAGGCAACACGGAAGGAGAUUGAGAAACGCCAGGUCCAUCUUAAGAACAUUGGUGAUUUAGGAGAGAAUUUGAAGACAGUGCUGAAAGGAAAGGAAAGUCUAGUGGAGGAUAAACUCAGCCUCCUGAACAGUAAUUGGAUAGCAGUAACUUCACGCGCUGAGGAAUGGUUCAAUCUGUUACUGCGCUUAAAGGCUGAGCUGAAUGAUAUGCAUCCAAAGGUGGACUCUGUGCGUGACCAGGCAGUUGACUUGAUGACAAACCGUGGAGAUCACUGCAGGAAAGUAAUAGAGCCUAAACUGUCAGAGCUCAACCAGCGAUUUGCAGCUCUAUCGCAAAGAAUUAAGAGCGGAAAG